UACCUGCAAAACCAUGGUCUAAGUCCCAAAAAUAAACUGAAGAUACACCACCUUCAAAAUACAUUUCUCUAUAUUGAUCAAAUGCAUGAUUUGCAUCUAAUUCUAAUUUCCUUAACCUUUCGGAUGGCAUAGAACCAUCCUCCAAUGGGGGAUAAUAGGUGUUAGACCAAGGUGACCUAAAACACAUCAAGAAUAAUCAUUCAAGAAUAUUAUUUAUGACCAAAUAUUUUACCUGUAAGAAUCUCCAUCUCUAUUAUAAUCGCAUAAGAGGAAAUCUUUCCCAGAAUCCUUGUCUUUAGCAAUUUUUAAAGGUUGAUCUACAGACGAAAGGAGAUCUUCACAUAAACUUGCUCUGGCCUCAGUGGGAGUCGGCAGUGGGCUUCUACAUACAUUAAUUUGAAUAUUUGUUUAUAAAAAUUUAAAAGACAGUCGUGAAACAGAUUAAAAUAGUCUCAUACUAAUAAAAAAUGUUUAAAAAGCCAAUAAAGGUAAAGAGUAAUAACCAAUCAAAAGGAACAGAAAGGAGAAAUUUUAAAGAUUCCCUUCAAAAAGCUUUUCCCAAGUUAACCGAAAAUGAACUUAACGAAUUACUGCCGAAAAAAGAAGCAUUAAACAUUUUAAAAGUUGUUACACACAGUGAAUUAAUUAUUAUUGUAUAUACUGUUCAAAAAAGGCCUAUAGUGUUCGAAUUGAAUGGAAAGCUUUUUCCAACAAUAUUUUUAUUAUGGAAGUUCCCAAAUAUUAUUCAUGCCUUUACAACUCAUCAGCAAGUAAUGAGUUUUAUAUCUUCUGGAGCUGAUCUCAUGUUACCUGGUGUGAUAACACCUCCCUCACACACAAACUUACCGAGGUUUGGGUCUGUCAGAGAAAAUGAAAUAGUUUACGUAAAUUUAACUAAUAAUAAAGCUGCAGUAGCUGUUGGUACUGCAAGUCAAAGUUCUGGAGCUAUGGUUCUAGAAAAUUCAAGAGGGAAGUGUGUGAAUAUAGUUCAUUUUUAUGGCGACCAUUUAUGUACUUUGGAAGGUAUGCCUAAUUUACCUUUGGUUAACUUGGGUUCACCAGAAUGGCUUAAAAUGAAGAGCUAUGAUGAUGAUUUUCCUGCACUAGGCAGUACUCCAAAACCUCAAAGUGAUGUUAAUGUAGAAAAAGUUAUUAAUGAAGAGGAUAUAGUUGAAAAUAAUGAUGGAAAUUUUAAUGAAGAGAUAGAGGAUAGUACUGUAGAUGCAAGCAGUGAAGUAAUUGAAGAAACUGUUAAAGAUUCUGUUGAGGAAAUGGAUGAAUUGGUAUUAUUUUGUUUUUUAGGUGCCAUUAAAUAUUCAAAGUCCUUGUCCUUACCUAUUUUGACUUCCAAUUUUUUUAAACUUAAUAUGCUUCCAGUCUGUCCAGAAAACAAGACUUUGGAUAUCAAGAAAACCUCUUACAAAAAGCUGAAGCCUUUUUUGAAGAAAAUGUCAGAGGAGGGAAUUGUUACUGUAAAAGAAAUUAAAUCUGGUGUUGAAGCAAUAACGGGAAUAAAUAAGGAUCAUCCAAAAUUGCAAGCAUUUUAUUUAACUCCACAAGAUAGGCCCAAGAAGGAGACCGAUGAAAAUGGUGGUGUGCAGUCCACUAAUGUAAUAGAAUCUUAUGUAAUAACUGAAGCAGUCUUGAAGUUAUUUGCAGGACAUAGCAAAGGAGAUACUGUACAAGUACCAGAAAUAAGAAGAUGUGUGAACAAAUAUGUAAAAGAAUUUAAUCUUCAAGAUGAAACGAAUGAAAGGUAUGUCAAGCCUAAAGACAAACUAGCAGCCAUUUGUAAGACAGAACAUUCCAUUGCAUGGGAAGAAGUCAUAGAAAAAGUUUGCGCUGCAAUGAAAAAUUGUUAUAAAGUGAAAUCAGGAAAUGAAGAAAUACAAGGCAAAGGAAAAGUAGCACCUAUAACCCUUUCUGUUUCAGUUCGAUCUGGCAAUAAAAAGGUGACACUAAUUGAUAAUUUGGAAUUGUUUGGGAUACGAAUAAACGAUUUUGCCAAAGAAUGCCAGCAUGGCGUAGCUGCAAGUACAAGUAUUAGUAGGCCUCCAGGAAAAAAGUGUGACCAGCUUUUAGUUCAAGGAAACCAAGUUCUUUUUGUUUACAAUUUAUUAACAGAUAAAUAUAAAGUGCCAAAAAAGUACAUAAAAGGAUUAGAAAAUGCUCCAAAGAAGAAAAAAUAAUUUAUAUUUCUACAUUUAUAUUUAAUAAAUUGACAUUUAC